AUCUAGAGGUGAUUGGUCAGUCAGCAUGGGGAGAAAAGUUAUAAAACGUGCGGACAUUCUUGAGAACUGGCGGUUUGAGGUGGAGUGAAAGAAAACAGUCCAGCUUGCCACAUAUUAUUAUUUCAGCCAUGAGUGGAUGUCCAUAUUUUCAGAAGAAAUUCCUGUCAACUAGUAAGCAGCAUCUGAAAGAAGAUGAGAACGAUGAUUCUCAAUCUGGAAUUAACAAAGCCAGCAAAGGAGGUCUUAUCUAUGGUGACUAUCUACAGCUGGAUAAAAUAGUGACAUCUCAGGUGCUUCAAAGUGAGCUGAAGGGAAACAAGAUCCAUGACGAACAUCUGUUCAUCGUCACACAUCAAGCAUAUGAACUGUGGUUUAAACAAGUUCUGUGGGAGCUGGACUCAGUGAGAGAAAUCUUCAUCAGUGGACAUGUACGUGACGAGCGAAACAUGCUCAAAGUCAACACUCGUAUCCACAGGGUUGUGAUGAUAUUCAGACUGUUGCUAGACCAGUUUGCUGUACUGGAAACCAUGACUGCCUUAGACUUCUAUGACUUCAGGGAAUAUCUCUCACCGGCUUCAGGCUUCCAGAGUCUGCAGUUUCGACUGCUGGAAAAUAAGAUUGGGGUCCCACACAACCAGAGGGUCCCCUACAACAGAAGGCAUUACCGGGACAAUUUCCGUGACCAGGAAAGUGAGCUGCUCCUCCACUCGGAGCAGGAGCCCACGCUGCUUCAGUUAGUGGAGCAAUGGCUGGAGAGAACGCCUGGCUUGGAGGAAGAUGGCUUCAAUUUUUGGGGGAAACUGGAAGUCAAUAUUUUCAAGUGGCUCAGGAGAGAGAAAGAAAAUAUAGAGCAAAAACCAGCCUCAGAGAUGAAAGAGGAGAUGAUGGCCGAGCUCAUUAAGCAGAGAGACAUUUUCGUAUCGCUCUUUGAUGAGAAGAGACAUGAUCACUUACUAAGCACCGGUCAGAGGAGGUUGUCCUAUAAAGCACUGCAGGGAGCCCUGAUGAUAUACUUCUACAGGGAGGAGCCUCGAUUUCAGGUUCCUUUCCAACUCCUGACAUCUUUGAUGGACAUCGACACCCUCAUGACAAAAUGGAGAUACAACCAUGUGUGUAUGGUGCACAGGAUGAUUGGCAGUAAAGACGGCACAGGUGGCUCAUCAGGCUACCAGUACCUGCGCUCAACUGUCAGUGAUCGCUACAAGGUGUUUGUGGAUCUGUUUAACCUGGCCACCUUCCUGGUUCCGAGGGAAUGGGUACCCAAGCUGGACCCGAGUGAGCACACCUUCCUGUACAUGGCCGAAUGCUGCGACAGCUCCUACUGCAGCAGCAGCAGCGAUGACUCAGACUAAACAGAUGGACGGAUGAGGAAAGGAUGAACAGCAUUUACAGAGUACAGAAGGAAAAAAAAAAGCUUCAAAACUCACAAGCCUACCAUCACCAACAUUUAUGUCACUAAAAUCUUUUUAAAUGGUAGAAUGAGAGGCUACAAAGCUGUGCUGAUUUUACAAAUGUGAAUUUUAAGACAGUGUCAACAAAAUAUCAUUGACACUGUUGAUGCACUUGUGUAUAUACUGUCAAUAUAAUGUAAUAUUCUAACAUGUGUAGUUAACUGAUUUAUAUUUUGUAAAUAGAGUAUACACAUACAGAUAUGAUACUUCUUGUUUAUUUGGAAAAAAAUAGACAAUGUUUUCUGUCAAAACAUGUACUUGAAUAGAAUACAAGUUUAUUUAAUAUCAGUAAAAAUGUCAGAUUAUUCUUAAAAUGCAAUCACAAUUGCCAAAACUGAUAAACACAAUAAAAAGUAAACUUUAUUGUACAGUUUCCCUGUUACACAUCUUACAUGUACUUACUAUAGUAAUAGUAACAGUAAAUUAUGCAUAUUAAUUACAAACAACUAAACCAAACCCUAACCCUAAGUAUAUAGUAAGUACAUGUUGUUAAUUAAAAUUACUCCGUAGUUAUUUGUAUAAUUACACUGUAACAAGGGCACCCUAAAAUAAAGCGGAACCAAACUUUGUAGUUACAAAUGUGUAUAAAAGCAGAUCAAAUCUGAAUAUCUGGUACAUACUGUACUGUAGUAAUAAGCACUUAAUGAUUUUAAAUCUAAGGCUAUAAUUAGUAUUCACAUAAAAUAAUAUAAAUUUUCACAUUUUUCUCAGA